UUUGUGUGACUCCGCCCCCUCGGUACGUAAUUACAACACGGCUGUUUCCCAUGAUUCCUUCUUUUCAGCCACCGUCAUAGUGGUGAAAGGACUGUGUGUCUGCGAUGGCGUCGCACAAGACCUUCAGGAUAAAACGCUUUCUGGCCAAGAAGCAGAAGCAGAACAGACCGAUCCCGCAGUGGAUCCGCAUGAAGACCGGUAACAAGAUCAGGUACAACUCCAAGAGGAGACACUGGAGAAGAACCAAGCUUGGCCUGUAAGCCCAUUACUGCUUCAGCUUUGUCUGAAUCUACACCCUGUCAUCAUCACCACCUCUGCCCAAAUGUGGCAAGACGACAUGCUGUGUGGAACAGAAGUUUCUCUUUUGUACAGAUCUGGAAAUGCUUGUGGGAAACAAUAAAUGAUUUGUCAUCAAAACA